AGCUUGAUCAAGAUAAAAACAAUGGAGAACGGAGAGUGUGGUGCUCACGAAGCUGUUGACUCCAUGACUGUUCAUGAUUUCUCUGAGAAGAUUCUGGAGCAGCACGUACAUUUUCACGUCAUGAAGUUCGACGGUGGUUUCUUCCUCUGGGUCGGAUCUAAUGCGGUUCUGUCCAACCUGGCCGUAUCCAUCAACAGUAAAUAUGAUUCAAUGCCUCUGUCGACACUUGUUCUGGGUGACACAUCAGACACAACACCAAGCUCUCUUGCACAGAGACUAACAAAGAAGACAAAGAAACAGGUAUUUGUAAGUUACAAUUUACCCAUGACAGACUCAAAUCUCCUGCUGUUGGUGGAGAACAGAAUCAAAAAGGAGAUGGAACUUCAUCCUCACAAGUUUUAAACAUUCACUGUUUUGCACUU